GCGGAGCGGAGUCCCCGAGGUUGGGACCGGGCGAGCGGCCGCAGCGACGCCUCCGGGAGCGACACUCCUCGACGGCACGAUCCGGAGGCCGAGGCUCACCCGGUGCCCGCGCUCGCACGGAGCAGCGGAGAGCCGGCUCAGAACGGUGCCGGCGAAGCGGUCGGCGCGUCCCGGGCGGACCCGAGAGACGAGAAGCUCGCCCUGUACCUGGCCGAGGUGGAGAGGCAGGACAAGUACCUGCGGCAGAGGAGCAAGUACCGAUUCCACAUCAUCCCCGACGGCAACUGCCUCUACCGAGCUGUCAGCAAGGCCGUGUACGGGGACCAGAGCCUGCACCGGGAGCUGAGGGAGCAGACUGUGCAUUACAUCGCCGACCACCUCGACCACUUCAGCCCCCUGAUUGAGGGCGACGUGGGGGAGUUUAUCAUCGCUGCUGCCCAAGACGGGGCGUGGGCCGGGUACCCCGAAUUGCUGGCCAUGGGGCAGAUGCUGAAUGUGAAUAUCCACUUAACUACUGGAGGGAGGCUGGAGAGCCCCACCGUGUCUACCAUGAUCCACUAUCUGGGCCCGGAGGAUUCCCUAAGGCCUAGCAUUUGGCUCAGUUGGCUUAGCAAUGGACACUAUGAUGCUGUUUUUGAUCACUCCUAUCCUAACCCAGAGUAUGACAGUUGGUGCAAACAAACCCAGAUGCAGAGAAAACGCGAUGAAGAACUUGCCAAGUCCAUGGCCAUAUCCCUGUCCAAAAUGUAUAUCGAACAAAAUGCAUGCUCUUGAGAAGUCUGAGGACCUGACGAGCCGGCAAGUGGCGUACGUCAGUUGUUGGGAGAGCUUCAGGAACUCUAAUUAGGGUAAUGGCACUUUUCAGCUUCCUAGUACAUUGGCUGUAGGUGUACCGCCUUAAUCAGUGUUUGAGUGUUCUCUCAGAGCCGCAGGUUGCUGGGCACCUGGACGAUGUUUCCGGAUAGGUUUGGGUGAGCCUACCGCUAUUUAUAAUUUGCUGUAUAAAGUGAGCGCUACCUAGUUUGCAAGCUCAUGUCUCACGGUAUGAAUUUGUUCAUUCCUGGUAGUCUAUUUUCUAUAAAAAUGUAUUUUUGCACAUUUUUAAAAAUGGGUGUACUUUCAUCUAUGACGUGUUCCAAUUGCGAGUAAAGGCUUUUAAGCAUAAUCCAGAGAAGUGCUUUCUAUGAAGUUUAUCUCAGUUUGUGAUUUAGUAGUUAGUUUACAUUGUUUCACAAUUCUUAAUUAUCUCAGAUGGAUAUUUUGAUACAUUGUGUUACCAGAUGAUUGGCCCAUUCCACGUUGAUGAAACAAGCGGAUUUGUUGUUUGGGGGAAAUGUUAUUUUUUUUAGAACUACUCCGCUUUGAAGACAUUUAACGAAGGGAUAGCUUUGGGACGAUUUUUUUUUUUUCCUUUAAAGGACAGUGCCAGGCCUUACUUGAAUAGAAGUCUGCUGUUUGCCGUGGCAGAAUGAUAAUUCUGUACUCUAGGGUUUAGAGGAGGUUGUCUGCUGCUCUCGUUUGUUUUCUUUUUAUUCAUCAACGUCUUAGGAAAGACAUUUAACGUGUAUGAAAUUCUGUGCGAAGUUCAGCCUCCUGCAUUGUACAGCUUCUUGGUUCCAACUAAGAUUUCUAAAAAUGAGCCUGAGUAGCCGGGCCUGACAGAGUGGCCGUAUUUUUAACAGGAGGCGACUGUCUUAAUAUUCUGUCAUUUUAAAGUUCUUCCAAAAGGUAAAAUGGAAUUUACCUUGUAUUAUGUAAAAAUGUAAACAGCUUGUAUGGUUUGCUGGGUCAAACAGUGUUUCCAAUCAAAAAAAAAAUCUAUGUUGCCACUUUUAACUACCUUUAGUGUAUUUAUUGAGUAAUGAAGUUUGUACUUUUUUAUUUUGUAACAUUUUGUGAUUUUUUUUGUACAAUAAUGUAUUUGUACAAUAUAGCAGGUCUCAGCUGAUGGAAUGAAUGAAUAAAAUGUAUACUUUUA